AAUGGAGUCGUCGGCUAGCACGGUCGCUGCCUCGCCGCGGCCGCACGUCGUGCUGGUCGCCAGCCCCGGCGCCGGCCACCUCAUCCCGAUGGCCGAGCUCGCUCGGCGGCUCGUCGCGCACCACAGCCUCGCGGCCACGCUCGUCACCUUCACCAACCUCUCGGCCUGCCCGGACGCCCACUCCGCCGUCCUUUCAUCCCUCAGCGCCACCGAAGUCUCCACUGUCGCUCUCCCCGCCGUCUCGCUCGACGACCUCCCCUCCGACGCCCACAUCGGCACCGUGCUGUUGGAGCUGAUGGGCCGCUCCAUCCCGCACCUCCGGGCCCUGCUCCGCGACAUCAGCGCCGCCGCCCCGCUCGCCGCGCUGGUGGCGGACUUAUUCGGCUCCACGAUGUUGUCCCUAGCCACCGAGCUCGGCGUCCCGAGCUACAUCUUCUCCCCCAUCAACCUCACCGCGCUCGCCGUCGUGCACAACGCUGUGGAGCUCAACGACGGCGCCGCCUCCGGCGAGUACCGCGACCUCCCGGAUGUUCUCCAGCUUCCCGGGGGCGUGUUGCUGCGCCGCGAGGACUACGCGGACGAGUUCAAGAACAGCAAGGAACCCAUCUACGCGCACGUCAUCGAGGAGGGCCGCCGGUAUCGCGCCGCCGACGGCUUCAUGGUGAACACCUUCCACGAGAUGGAGCCUGGCAACGCGGAGGAGCUCAAACAGGCGGCAGAGCAAGGCACGUUCCCGCCUGCUUACCCAGUGGGGCCGCUCAUCCGGCCAAGCUCCGACGAAGACGCCGCAUCGCCGUGCAUACAGUGGCUGGAUAGGCAGCCGACGGGAUCCGUGGUGUACGUCUCCUUCGGGAGCGCCGGCGCGCUGUCCGUGGAGCAGACGGCGGAGCUCGCCGCCGGGCUGGAGGACAGCGGCCACAGGUUCCUCUGGGUCGUGCGCAUGCCAAGCCUGGACGGAGGAAAUUCCUCCAUGUUUAGAGGACACGGGAGCGACAAGGACGACGAGGACCCACUGGCAUGGCUUCCCGAGGGGUUCUUGGAGCGGACGAGCGGCCGCGGCCUCGCCGUGGCGUCGUGGGCGCCGCAGGUGCGCGUGCUCCCCCACCCGGCCACGGCGGCGUUCGUGUCCCACUGCGGGUGGAACUCGACGCUGGAGAGCGUGGCGUCCGGGGUGCCGAUGGUCGCGUGGCCGCUGCACUCGGAGCAGAGGACGAACACCGCGCUCCUGUCGGAGAACGUGGGCGUGGCGCUGCGGCCGCGCGCGGCGCGGGCGGAGAUCGCGGCGGCCGUGCGGGAGGUGAUGGGUGGGGAAGAGAAGGGGCGCGCCGUGCGCCUCCAGGCCGGGGAGCUGCAGCAGGCGGCGGCGCGGGCGUGCGCGCCCGGGGGGUCGUCCUGGCAGAUGCUGGAGGAGGUCGCCGGCAAGUGGAAGGCGGCAGCGCUUGGCAGGCAGAAGCAGUAGAAGAUGACUUAUUGCAAGAGCAGAGACAAGUAAUCGUCUAUGUGCGUGGAUCGACUCAGUAUAAUUUUUUUUUAAAAGCUCGACUCAGUAUACUUGGGUUUGUACCUGGCUGAAACAAAACUUCUCUUCACUUAAAUUUCUCAGCCAUUAAAUUUAAAAUAAAUGUCUCAUAUUCACUCA